AUGAGUCUGAUAAAAUAUGAUGGAAACGUUCAUCCGGAUGAAUGGAUUAAUGAUAUUCAAAAUUAUUAUACGUUUAAUGCGGCGUGUAAGUAUGGAUACAAUAUUAACAGUUUAGUAGAUGAUGCUACUAUUAAACUUCCAUCUGAAAAUUAUGGCAUCGAAGAACUUCGUAAGAUAUUUAAAGAGGACAUUUCGUUUUCAAUAUUCAAAAAUGCAAAUAAGAGAAAAUUGCAAUUAUUAAAAUAUAUUCCCGAGAGAGAAGGCGGAGAUACUUUAAAAUUUAUUUCAAAUUUUCGUAAGUUGUGUUAUAAUGCAGAAAUUGAUUUGGAAAAGCAAAAGAAAUACCUUUACCAAUCACUACCAAAUAGCUAUUUUAUGACCGAGUUUUUUAAGAGAAGAGAAACCAUUAAUUCUACGAAUGAAUUGAUUAAGGGAUUUGAGGAAAUCAUUAUAGAUGAAUCGAAUUUAAUUAAAAAUGAAUCCAUCGUAGCUUUAAAGCAUGUUGCUACAGGAAGAUACUUGAGUUCAAUUGAAGGUAUAUGUUAUACAACUGGAAGUAAAUAUCAAGCGGUUUUUCCAAGUAAUUUAGAGCUUGAGUCGAAUGGGUUGUGGAUAAUCAAAGUUCAUAAUCCGCAUUUUGAUAAUAAAGAACUUGCUUCUUACACUAACAAUACUGCUUUAAGUUUCCAACACAAAAGUUCUGAUAAGUUUCUUGGAAUUAGCUGUAAUUUAUACCGAAGUACUUACCAUAAAUCUCCAUCAACCGAGCACACAGAAGGGUAUUUAAAAUCAAACGAUGUUAUUAAUCUUAGUACUAUAGAUGUAAAUGGAAAAGAACAAAUUUUACGAAGUCAUGAUUUUCAGUUUACUAUAAAAAACGAUACUUUUCAAGAAGUUGUUUGUCACAACGAAAGAUUAAGAGGAAAUGAUAAGUGGUGCAUUGAACUAAUCAAGCAGUGUUAA